UAGGAAGGAGCCCUGAAGAAGCAAGGCGAACCGAACAGGACGGGGAAAACAAGUCGGGGUCCGGGGUAACAUUACCGAAAAGGCCAAGAAGCUUCAGGGAAGUUCCCGAGGGACCGGUGAGGCCUCGGAGGCAGGACCCGGAGUCCAGCCAAUGGGAACUUCACGGGCAGGAGGCGGAGCUUGAGUACGUUCCUAAGCGGCCUUGAACUCUGAAGCUCUCGAAGAGGAAGUUCUGGCACCAAGUCUGAGCGCGGCGCCCGAGGUGAUUUCUAUUUGAUUAUAUCAGGAGCUGAUCUAUCCAUGAAGCAUCUUCAGUCGGCUCUAGCAAACUGGGAGGGAAGCUCCAGGAAACUGGAACAAAGAAGCCCAGCCCAAAAUCUGAAAAAGAAACCAUGCAGCUCAGUGAAAAGGACCCAGCAGAUAGCCAAGAAAGCGAUUUGGUGAAAAAGAAAUCGGACUGGUCCUGCUCGCUCAUCGUGGCCUCGCUCGUGGGCGCCUUCGGCUCCUCCUUCCUCUACGGGUACAACCUCUCUGUGGUGAACGCCCCGGCUCCGUACAUCAAGGCCUUUUACAACGAGUCGUGGGAGAGAAGGCAUGGCCAUCCGACAGACCCGGACACUCUGACUCUGCUCUGGUCUGUGACCGUGUCCAUAUUCGCCAUCGGUGGACUCGUGGGGACGUUAAUGGUGAAGCUGAUUGGAAGAGUUCUUGGGAGGAAGUACACUUUGCUGGUCAACAAUGGGUUUGCGAUUUCCGCUGCGUUGCUCAUGGCCUGUUCCCUCCAGGCAGGCACCUUUGAAAUGCUCAUCGUGGGUCGCUUCAUCAUGGGCGUGGAUGGAGGCAUCGCCCUCAGUGCGCUCCCCAUGUACCUGAGCGAGAUCUCGCCCAAGGAAAUCCGCGGCUCCCUGGGCCAGGUGACUGCCAUCUUCAUCUGCGUUGGUGUGUUCACCGGGCAGGUCCUGGGCCUGCCUGAGCUGCUGGGAAAGGAGAGCACCUGGCCGUACCUGUUUGGAGUGAUUGCUGUCCCCGCCGUGGUCCAGCUGGUGAGCUUGCCCUUUCUCCCCGAGAGCCCGCGCUACCUGCUCCUUGAGAAGCAUGACCAGGUGGCAGCCGAGCAAGCCUUCCGGACAUUCCUGGGCAAGGAGGACGUCUCCCGAGAGCUGGAGGAGGUCCUGGCGGAGAGGCGCGUGCAGAGGAAUGUCCGCCUGGUGUCCGUGCUGGAGCUGCUCACGAGUCCCUUCGUCCGCUGGCAGGUCGGCACCGUGGUCAUCACCAUGGCCUGCUACCAGCUCUGCGGUCUCAAUGCGAUCUGGUUCUACACCAACAGUAUCUUUGGCAAAGCUGGGAUCCCUCCGGAAAACAUCCCGUACAUCACCCUGAGCACGGGCGGCAUCGAGAUCUUGGCUGCCGUCUUCUCUGGCUUGGUCAUCGAGCGCCUGGGCCGGAGACCACUCCUCAUCGGCGGCUUUGGGCUGAUGACCCUCUUCUUUGGGAUCCUCACCGCUACACUGACGCUGCAGGACCACGCCCCCUGGGUCCCUUACCUGAGCAUCGUGUGCAUUCUGGCCAUCAUUGCCUCCUUCUGCAGCGGCCCAGGUGGCAUCCCGUUCAUCCUGACUGGCGAGUUCUUCCAGCAGUCCCAGCGGCCGGCUGCCUUCAUCGUCGCGGGCACCGUCAACUGGCUCUCCAACUUUGCUGUCGGGCUGCUCUUCCCGUUCAUUCAGAAAAGUCUGGACACCUACUGUUUCCUGGUCUUUGCUGCAAUCUGCCUCACAGGUGCUGUCUAUUUCUAUUUCGUCCUCCCUGAGACCAAAAACAGAACCUAUGCAGAAAUCAGCCAGGAAUUCGCCAAAAGGAACAAGGCAUUCGCCAAAAGGAACAAGGCAUUCCCACCAGAGGAGAAGAUCGACUUAGCUGUGACUGACGAGAAGAUGAUUGGGAAGCCUGAACCGGACUCCUCCACCCUGGACAGCUACGUCAAAAACGGGGUUGUGUAGAUGGAUGAUCGCACCGCUUCAGGAAACCAAAGAUUUCCUCUGAAUUUAACAUUUUUAAGUGUUUAAAAAUAAACCUUUGCUAAUCUAACCCUGCAACCAUUUGGGCUUUUAGGAAGCUGGAAAGAAUUACCCUAUGUUUUGGCAGACCCAACAUUCUUCUGUAUAGGUCACCUGCCUUCUUCAUGACUUGGCCUAUGCCUUCAAAAUGAAAUUGGAGAAAUAGAAUUUGACUGCUUUCUCGAAGGAGAACAGUAUGGCGUGACCGAAGGCCUGACGGACUGGGACUCACAGGCUGAACCCUAGUCUCAGCCCUUCUCAUAAGUAGCCUUGAGCUGCCCUUGACCUGGAUCCUGAAGCCUCAGUGGACCCCUGGCUUUGGUCCUGGAUGAAGGUUUCAGAAUUCAGUGGGGAGACUCCCCCAUCUCCUAAUAAAUGCCUGUUUCCAA